AUUCUCAAAAUAGGAAGAAAAAAAAUAUCAUUUGGGUCAUUUUGAAUGAGAAUAAUUUAGAUGGAUUUGGGGAUUGGGAGUUCAUUUAGAAGCAAUGGAAGUUUCAGAAAUAUGGAUGGAUUUUCAAGAUCUUCAUUGCGUGAAGAAGAUGAAGAAGCUCUUAAAUGGGCAGCCAUUGAAAAGCUUCCAACUUUCAAACGUUUGAGGAAAGGUUUGGUUACAAGUUUGAAUGGUGAAGCCAAUGAAGUUGAUAUACUCAAUCUUGGGUUUCAAGAUAGGAAGAAUUUGAUUGACAUGUUACUUCAAGUUGCUGAACAAGAUAAUGAGAAGUUCUUGAUCAAGUUGCAGAAUCGUCUUGAUAGAGUUGGAAUCGAAGUUCCGACAAUAGAGGUUCGUUUUGAGCAUUUGAAUGUGGAAGCAGAAGGUUAUGUGGGAACUAGAGCUUUGCCAACACUUCUUAAUUUCACCCUCAAUAUGGUUGAGGCUUUCUUGGGUUACCUUCAUAUGUUUUCCAGUCGAAAGAAGCCUAUAAAAAUCCUUCAUAAUGUCAGUGGAAUCGUCAAGCCUGGAAGAAUGACACUGCUGCUGGGUCCUCCUAGCUCUGGAAAGACCACUCUUUUAUUAGCACUGGCAGGAAAGCUUGAUCCUCAAAUAAAAAUAACUGGAAGGGUAACCUACAAUGGGCAUGGAAUGAAAGAAUUUGUACCCCAGAGGACUGCUGCCUACAUCAGUCAAUAUGAUCUUCAUAUUGGAGAAAUGACUGUUAGAGAAACUUUAGCUUUUGCUGCACGGUGUCAGGGCGUUGGCUCACGACACGACAUGCUAGCAGAACUGUCCAGAAGAGAGUUUGCAGCAAAUAUAAAGCCUGAUCCUAAUAUUGAUACUUUCAUGAAGAUAGGAGUUUUAUUUUCAGGCUGCUGCACAGAAGGUCAAGAAGAAAGUAUGGUGACAGAUUAUAUCCUAAAGAUUUUGGGACUGGAUGGAUGUGCUGAUGUAAUGGUUGGUGACGAAAUGAUAAGGGGGAUAUCCGGAGGACAAAGAAAGCGAGUUACUACAGGCGAAAUGUUAGUUGGGCCGGCGAGGGCUUUAUUCAUGGAUGAAAUAUCAACGGGACUCGAUAGCUCGACGACAUUUCAAAUAGUAAAUUCAUUGAAGCAAUGUGUACACAUUCUUAAAGCAACAGCAGUUAUUUCACUUCUGCAGCCAGCACCAGAGACUUAUGAGCUUUUUGAUGAUAUAAUUCUUCUUUCGGAUGGGCAAAUUGUUUAUCAAGGUCCUCGUGAUCAAGUGCUUCAGUUUUUUGAAUCUAUGGGGUUUGUUUGUCCUGAGAGGAAGGGAGUUGCUGAUUUUCUUCAAGAGGUGACAUCAAAGAAAGAUCAAGAGCAAUAUUGGAAAAACAAAGAGGAGCUUUACAAUUUCAUUACUCCUCUUGAAUUUUCUGAAGCAUUUCAAUCAUUCCAUGUUGGCAGAAAACUUGGAGAUGAACUUGCCAUUCCUUUUGAUAAAUCUAAGAGCCAUAGAGCUGCUUUGACAACCCACAAGUAUGGUGUUGGAAAGAGACAACUCUUAAAAGCUUGUUUCUCUAGAGAGAUUCUACUUAUGAAGAGAAACUCAUUUGUCUACAUUUUCAAACUCUUUCAGCUAUUGGUAAUGGCUCUAAUUACAAUGAGUGUGUUCCUAAGAACUGAGAUGCACCAUGAUACCAUUGUGGAUGGAGGAAUAUACACUGGUGCUUUGUUCUUCUCGGUUAUUAUGGUUAUGUUUAAUGGAUUAUCAGAGCUAUCAUUAACAACAAUUAAGCUUCCUAAUUUCUACAAACAAAGGGAUCUUUUAUUCUAUCCUGCCUGGGCUUAUUCUCUUCCUAAUUGGAUCCUCAAGAUUCCGAUUACUUUUAUUGAAGUUGCUUUGUGGGUUGGAAUCACUUACUACGGCAUUGGAUUUGAUCCAAACAUUGAGAGGUUUUUCAAACAAUUCUUGGUGCUUUUACUAGUAAAUCAAAUGGCUUCGGCUCUAUUCCGAUUCAUUGCUGCAUUGUGUCGGAAUAUGGUCGUUGCAAACACGGUCGGUUCUUUUGCACUUCUGACCCUCUAUGCACUCGGCGGUUUUGUACUGUCUCGAGAGGACAUUAAGAAAUGGUGGACAUGGGGCUACUGGAUUUCACCAAUAAUGUAUGCUCAAAAUGCUGUAGUUGUAAAUGAGUUUCUUGGAAAGAGUUGGGCACAUGAAGCUUUAGGAUUUGUGGUUUUGAAGUCACGUGGAUUCUUCCCAAAUGCAUAUUGGUAUUGGAUUGGUGCCGGAGCAUUGCUUGGUUAUGUGUUUUUGUUCAACUUCUUCUUCACUUUGGCAUUGUCGAUGCUCGACCCAUUUGGGAAGGGUCAAGCUGUUAAAUCAGGGGAAACAGAAAGCAUUGACAAUGGUGACAAAAGAGGGACUGAAAUGAAUGUUCAAGACAAUACCCAAAGGAGAAGAGGAAUGGUUCUUCCAUUUGAGCAACAUUCAAUUGCAUUUGAAGAUAUCACAUACUCUGUCGACAUGCCCAAGGAGAUAAAAAAUCAAGGUAUUGUAGAAGACAAAUUGGUACUACUGAAGGGUAUAAGUGGGGUUUUCAGGCCAGGGGUCUUAACAGCUCUUAUGGGAGUGAGUGGUGCUGGUAAGACAACACUAAUGGAUGUGUUGGCUGGUAGAAAAACAGGAGGAUACAUUGAAGGAAACAUCAAAAUAUCUGGUUAUCCAAAGAAGCAAGAAACAUUUGCUAGAAUCUCAGGUUAUUGUGAACAAAAUGACAUUCAUUCUCCUCAUGUUACCGUCUACGAAUCCUUGCUCUACUCGGCAUGGCUCCGUUUGCCUCGUGACGUGGAUUCCAAAACUAGAAAUAUGUUCAUUGAAGAAGUUAUGGAACUUGUGGAAUUGAAGACAUUGAGGGAUGCUUUAGUUGGGUUGCCAGGCGAAAACGGUCUCUCGACCGAGCAGCGCAAGCGACUCACAAUAGCAGUUGAGCUUGUAGCAAAUCCAUCCAUAAUAUUCAUGGACGAGCCAACCUCAGGGCUUGAUGCUAGAGCUGCAGCAAUUGUCAUGCGAACAGUCCGAAACACAGUGGAUACUGGAAGAACUGUUGUUUGCACCAUUCAUCAGCCGAGCAUCGACAUCUUUGAAGCUUUUGACGAGCUUUUCUUGAUGAAACCAGGAGGCCAAGAAAUAUAUGUUGGUCCAUUGGGUCGCCAUUCUUUUCAUCUAAUAAAGUACUUUGAGGAAAUCAAAGGAGUUGCUAAAAUAAAGGAUCAGUAUAACCCUGCCACAUGGAUGUUAGAAGUAACUUCCCCAGCACAGGAAUUAGCUUUAGGGGUUGACUUCACUGAUUUGUACAAAAAUUCAGAACUUUAUAGAAGAAACAAGAUGCUGAUCGAAGAAUUGAGUAGCCCAACUCCAGAUUCAAAAGACCUAUAUUUUCCAACUAAAUACUCGCGAUCACUUUACACACAAUGUGUAGCUUGUUUAUGGAAGCAACAUUGGUCUAACUGGCGCAACCCGUCGUACUCUGCGGUGCGAUUGCUCUUUACUAUCGUCAUUGCGCUGAUGUUCGGAACAAUGUUUUGGGAUCUUGGUUCCAAAAGGAAAAGACGACAAGAUAUAUUCAAUGCUAUGGGAUCAAUGUACACUGCAACUCUUUUCUUGGGAGUCCAAAAUGCUUUCUCUGUGCAACCAGUGGUCGCCGUAGAACGAACCGUAUUUUAUCGCGAAAGAGCAGCAGGAAUGUACUCGGCCUUAUCAUACGCAUUUGCAACGGUGCUGAUUGAACUCCCAUAUGUUUUGGUCCAAGCAAUGAUUUACACUGUUAUAGUGUACUCAAUGAUUGGAUUUGAAUGGACUGUUGCUAAGUUCCUUUGGUAUUUUUUCAUCAUGUACUUCACUUUGCUCUACUUCACUUUUUAUGGGAUGAUGGCUGUGGCAAUGACACCAAAUCAUCACAUUGCUUCAAUUCUCUCCUUUGCAUUCUUUGCAUUGUGGAAUCUCUUUUCAGGAUUUGUAGUUCCAAAACUGAGGAUUCCAGUGUGGUGGAUAUGGUACUAUUGGGUUUGCCCCGUGGCUUGGACUUUAUAUGGAUUGGUGGCUUCUCAAUUUGGAGAUGUGAAAGAUGUGAUUGAAACUGGUGUAACAGUGGAAGAAUUUGUGAGAUUCUACUUUGGUUUUAGACAUGAUUUUCUAGACAUUUCUCUUUAUGUAGUUGUUGGAUUUGCUGUUCUUUUUGCUUUUGCAUUUGCCAUCUCUAUCAGCAUUUUUAAUUUCCAAAGAAGGUGAUAAUUUCUUCUUCUUUUUUUGGAGGGGGAGGGGAUUGUAUAGUGUUGUAUAAGUAAAAGAUUUUGGAGAUCAUUGUAAAAGUUAUUGAUAAUAGUUGGUAUAGGUCAUUUAUAACGUUCAUGUUU